AUGGAAGUAUACAACCCGUUUGGUAUUUAUGUAGAUGAAACAAAUUCUGUAUUGUAUGUCACAAAUGCUAAUGGUAAUACAGCUGCUGAAUGGCCUUUUAAUUCAUCAACAGGAACAUUUUUGGUAGGCAAUACCAAUGUUACAGCAGGCUCAAAUUUAACAAUGUUAAAUUAUUCAUUAGAUAUUACAUUCGACUCUUAUGGUAACAUGUUUGUGGUUGAUUGUAGAAAUCAUCGUAUACAGAUGCAUUAUUCCUUAAAUAGAAAUGAAGUCAUAACAAUCAUUGGAAAUGGCAAAGGUACAGAUAGUACACAUCUAAAUUGUCCUUCAGGUAUAGCAUUUGAUUCGAAUUUUAAUUUGUAUGUUGUAGACUUAAACAAUCAUCGUCUUUAG